GCUGGUUGUAGUCUUUUGUUCGCCUCCGUGGUGAUUGAAUGUGGUUCCUGUAACUACACAUAUUUUUUGAUUGUGAGGACUGCGUACGCGUUGUCAUUGUUUUUAUUUUACCUUCAUAAUCGUUAACUUCUCUAGAAUAUCCUUGUAUCAACCAGAGGAAUUGUCUUGCCAAAAAGCUAGAGAAUGGCGUGUGGACGUACCUUAAUUUGUCCGGAGCCAUAUAUUGAACUGAACUGAAAAGAAAUUGCUAAAUUCUUGAGGAGUACAUAAAGAAUGCUGUAAUGAAUCUCUUGGAAUAGUCAUUGAUUCCAAAUACUUUAUUCACGCAGAUUACAUAGGGUGUAGAGGUUGGCGUCAGCCUGGGGUUUUCCAGUGCACAGCCAUUUAUUGAAUGAAUAAAUGAUGAAUGAUUCGACUGUUGUUUGUAUUCCAAGUGUCGAAUAAUAAAAAGACUGUGAACUUUCCAUUGAACACGUUAAUAUGCUGAAUAAAAAUAAACUAUUAUUCUCUGCAAAAUUUUAAACGUAUAAUUAGCGAUGUGUGAGAUAUAACAAACACACAAUUGGUUCCUGUGUAGCAUCAUGAAGAAUAGAAUAUAAGAAACGUGCCUGGAUUAACAUUCAAAUAGUGCGCAAGAACGAGCAAAUAAACAUUUGUAAACUAUUAUCUGUGAGAAAAAUGGCUGCACCAAUGUCCACACAAAUAGCUGCACCAGAAAUAAAAAUGGAACAUUUGCUGGCUGCUCUAACAGCUAUCAAGGUCCUUCGUUCUAGCGUGGGACAAGUGUUUGAAUCUCUUGGAAAUGGCUUGCGGGCAGAGCAUGGGGAAGAGAACAAAGAGUCCAAGUAUUUGUUUGAGUUGCAGGAAUUGUUGACCACAGUGAAUCUUAAUCUAAGGGAUGUAGAACAGAUGGUGAACAGUUUGGGUACUCCACCAGGUCCAUUUAAUUUAGCUAACACAAGUUACCUCAGCCAAGAGACCACACAGGAAAGACAAGCACUCUAUAGCACGCUUGUCAACAGCUACAAAUGGACAGACAAGGUUCACGAGUAUAGCAAUAUUGCACAGGCGUUGCUCAGCCAAAAUUCUCUGAAGAGGUCUUAUACAAGCUCGAGUAGAGCCAAGAGGGGAAGAAUUCCAACUACUAAUCAUAAUGUACCUCAACAGCAAGUUGAUAACAUGAUAUCAAUGUUGGAACGGAUGUUCAACGACUUGACAGUGACCGUCUCGCGUCCAUCUGCAUCCAAUGCAGUUCUGCAUGUCACCUUAGGGCAAGUGCUGCAGGCGGUGAUAGCGUUUAAGGGUCUCAUGAUAGAGUGGGUUGUAGUGAAAGGCUUAGGCGAGACGAUGGACCUAUGGACAGAAUCCAGAUAUAAAGUCUUCCGCAAAGUAACUGAAAACGCGAACGCCGCGAUGUUACACUUUUAUUCGCCUACAUUGCCUGAGCUGGCGGUGCGGUCAUUCAUGACGUGGUUUCAUAGUUUGAUCAAUCUGUUCAGCGGGACUUGCAAACGUUGCGGCUUGCACUUGCACAGCGCUCUACCACCGACGUGGAGAGACUUUCGAACAUUGGAACCAUAUCACCAGGAAUGCAAGCCGUAAGACGUAUCCAACGUUUUGCCAGCGUUUGAACUGCAUAAGCGCCGAACCUCUGUAUUGAUGUUCCAUCGCGACACUCGAUGUUGUACAUACCGGAAGAAACGAGAAUAAGCUUAUCAAUAAAAUAUAUUUCAUUCUA